UCUAAGAACACCGAAGAAAGCACGAGUAUAUCCAAAGGCGAACUUAAAAACGGCAAGAUGCAAUCUGGCGAUAACAAGGAAAGUUCGCCAGCUGUUCAGUCAAACAAGAACAACUUGCAAAACAAUGAGGGAAGGUCUGAUCACAGCCCCGCUAAAAUGGAAAGAUCCCGUUUAGAUAAAGACUGUAUUAAUGUUGUUUUUCAUGCGCUGCUUACUCCCACAUUUAAUUUCCAGCCCGGUUAUAAUAAAGUGGUCCUGCGUGGAAAUUCGCCAUUUUCGUGGCAUCCUGGAAGACAACUCGAGAUGCGCGUUGGGAGGUAAGACUGUUGGCAUAGUUUUUAUUUAUGCAUGACAUGACUGACAAAAAAACCCGUUUACUUUGGAUGAUGUUACUUUCUUAGGGAAGUGUGGAACGGCUACUUCAUUUUGGAAGGCAAGGCUAAGCUAACUUUGCAAGAUGCUCAUUACGGUGUUUCAUAUAAAUACGCCGUUUUACAGCCAAAUGGAAAAGAGCUUUGGGAGUGUCUUAUUGGAUUCAAGCCUCGCGUGUCUGGCCAUGUAAAUCGUUUACUUGUCAUUCCUGAAUCAUCCAUUAAAGGAAAUAGUGAGUGCAUUCAAAACUAACUUCUUGUUUUUAUUAAGCCGUGCAUAUGCAAAAACACUGUGGUAUUAAGAGUCGAAACUUGUUAAAUAUUGCUUGUGACAUGCACAUAAGAAAAAUAAACGUGAUAUUCUGAAUUCGAGUUCCUUUAGUUGUACCGGAUUAGAUUCAACUAAAAAUAGCGUCUAAUUCGUAUUCUGUUCUUUAACAAAAUGACACAGCUACAUGGCAUCAGUAUGACGAUGCAGUCUUCAGUGAACCAGGAUUAUGGGAAUCUCUCUGCAGCCACUUUCCACCGUUAAGAAGCAUUGUGCGAGACCCUGUGGAAGGCCGAAGGAUGGCGAUGUUUGCUAUGCUUCCUGAAUUGGACAGUAUCUUUGCAGACCAAAAAGGAGAACGGUUGACUGCCCAUGCUACUUUAGCUGAGAUCAAUAAAAUACUGCACUGCAUGUUAAAUUGCGCAUGUGAGAAUGGAGGUUUUCGCUUCAUUCGUGAUCUAAUUGGUUUUGAUGCCAAGAAGGUUUGUAUUGAAACCAAGUUUUGUAUUUCUUCUUAACUAAAGGAGAUGACAAGUCGUUCAACUUCUAUUUGAACACUCGAGUACUUUCAUCUCCCUUAUUCCUACUAAUAGUUUUCCUUACUUGAAAGUGUCCGCUUACAGUUUUAUGGAUGACAACAACAAUUUAUAGUUUUUUUUUUUUUGUAAGGUUCUUUGGGAAUACCUUUCACCGCGGCUAAACCAAAACAUACAAAGCCUACAAGUACACACGAAGGACGAGUAUCUUCAAAACAAGCGAUUGGUUACCGCUGCAAUCAUUGCAUCCCUUGUCGGUUAUCAUGAAAUGACAUUUCUUAGAGAUGAAGUGAUAAAAGACCUCUUGGAAUGUCUAACUUUAAAUGGGGACCCAUAUCGCAGGAGAAGUAGUGGCCUCAAUGCGAUUCUUCAUCACUUUCCCCAAAUGGAACAUUUAAGGUAAUUAAAUACUAUGUUAUGAAAUAUACUUUAUUUCCCCCUUAACAUUUGUUCAAAGUGUUCCUUCCUUACUUUAUAUCCAUUGAGGUAUAAAUUGCGUUGAGGUAUGAUUGUUCAAUAGAAGCGUUAAAAUGAAAAGUGUAAAAUGUUUUUCCAGAGCCAGACAAAAAAAGGUUCCGCGGCCAAUCAAUGAGCUUACUAUUUGACUGAUUUGUCGGUUUCCAACUUGAAAUUGCCCACCACCAUGAAGCCAGAUGGAUAUGGUCAUUACUUACUUUUACUGUCACAUAAUCAAGGAACAAUGCUCACAAGUAACUGAAAUGUUCUAAUUCAAUUUUUAUUGAAUUUUAUAGUAAAGUGGCCAGUAGCUUGUGUCGAAUUUGCAACUAUGUUAUUGAGACUCGCCCUGGAAUCUACCAUUGGCUCUUUGCGGUGCCUCUGCUUCAUUUUCUAUCGGAAGUUGCUGCGCCAUACUCUGGUGAAUUAUCCUCAGCACCUAGUUCAAUUAAAGACGAUACUUGGUGGGGAGCGCAAGAAAUAAAUUUUCAGAGUGUUUGGAAACGAGCUGAGUUGAUGCCGUGAGUAUAGACCUGCUAAACAAGAGAUGUUCUAUACUGUCGUUUGCGAAAGAAAAAAAAAGAUUUAAGACUAUAUUUGAAAAAAAAACCUUACAUAUUGAGUAGUAGCCUCCGCACACAGCCACCUUUCAUCGCUCCUCGUUGCUGAGACGAGUUUGCGAAACACCCCCGAACCCACUAGGGAUAGAUGAGAGGUGGCCGUAUUCGCAGGCUAAUCGAACAAAAUCCAGCAAGAAGCACAGAAAUACCAAGCUUCGCGUUAUUUCCAUUACCUUACGCAUGCACACAUCCGUAUUACCCUCCAGCAUUUGUCGUUAUUAGGACGUAUGCUAAAGGCGAAAGUGUCUCACUUGCAAUCACAGUCCCCGCCACUUUAAUACAGACAAGGCAUUUGAGCCUUACAAGUGGUGCCUUACAAGAACGAAACAAUUGUACAAAUGUAUAUGCCUGCCAUUGCCAGCGUGUUACGGCUGGACGCAUGCGUAAGUUGCCGACCAAACCGAAAAGAUCAAAUGCUGUGACUGUCACGCCACUCACAUUGGUGAGACCGGCAGAAACCAUAGAACGCGAUUGACUGAACACAACUCACGAGCGACAGGAAAUGGUGAUGUCAACAGCAAAUUACUCAACACCAUUUAAAGACGAAACAUCAAAUCGACUGGUAUUAUGCUCGAUAUCACCAAGUCAAUACAUGCACUAUUGUCUCUUUCUACUGUUUGGAGUUUAUUUUGUUAUUGUGUAAGGACGAGAGAUCAUUGUUGUGUUCUUUGUGACGUAACUAGAGACUUGCUAUUCACUUAAUAUAAUCGUGUACCAGCCGGAUUCUGCUAUAUGUAUUGCGUAUUCUACAGACUACCAUCAACGAUUCACUUUUGAAAGCUGGUUUACUAACUUAGAAUGAACGCCACUCACUCGUAGUCAACAGUUACAGGCACCGUACAAACGACGGACCUAAGUAAAACUGGCAACGACAGCAUGACUCAGACAACCGAUACUUUGACUAACAAUGAAUGACUAUUAAACUAGGUGUCACAAAAGAAGGAUCGAAACGCUCCAAAGAUAUUAAGAGUCUUCGUAGCCAAUGACAUCACGGCUUAAUUGACAGACCGACCAAUAACAUCGCGACUCAAAUGACCAAUCAGGUUAAUAACCAGAGUUAGAUAACAUCAACUGACUUUGACUCUAAAGAUGACUACCGCAUAGGUUGCUAAACGUGCGUCACUGUCAAAGACGGUCCUAUUUCAGGACUACACUCACCCAGACGAUAAUGCUCCACCUACCUCUGAAUUCAAAUGACACCUGGGUUCAAACCUUUCUCAGUUUUAUAAAUACUCUCCAGUAAAAAUUAAAGUUAAUGAGAUCGUAUGUUGUUACUGCUCUUGCGUAGUUAUUUGUUUAGAUACCCUAGUUUUUGGAAAGUGAAGAAAAAAUUUGUAAAAAGUGUUUGCGUUGUUAUCAUUGCAGCAGCAGUACCCCUAUCAAUCUUCUUAUUCAGCUUACCCCGAUGUUCGAGGUCGAUCCGUUAUUUAAGCGGACAUUUCUGUUGGCUCUUCCCAUUUGUGACCUUGGUAAGGCAUUAGAAAGAAAUCUAUUUGAAUUGCACGAAGUCUGCUGGACUCUCGCUCGAGUUGUGGAAGAGAGAGACCCUCCAUUUCUGUCUCAGGAAGAGGUAACGAAAUAUCUUCAUUUUUUUUUACUAUGGCCCGGAGUGAUUUGACAGAUCAUCGAACACCGCCUUCAGUUAACUUGCGGAUUGGGCCGUUUGUAAUGAUCUGAUCGAUCCUAUUAGAUGUAGGGUUAACUGAAUUAUUGAGUUCUUGUGACGAGGGCGAAUUACUACUAAAAAUAAAUUCGCGUUGUUCUCUCAAGGCUUAUCUUUGUCAUUCACAUUUGCCCGGAGUUGAAUACGUCCACUCAUCUUCGUCCUCACAAUACGUUUUAGAGACUGGCAAGGCAAAGAAGAAACAAGAAACGUUAUAGUGCUGAGUUGUUGUUUUGCCUUCUCGUCGUUGUUGCCGUCGUCAUUGCUCAAGCUUUGUUUCAAAUUGCUUAAAACGCCAACCCUAAGCCUGUAAUAUCUUUUUCAAAAGUGUGAUCAAUGACCACGUAAUAAUUUAUGAGCAAAAAUAUAGCCCUAUUUAUAGGAUAAAUGUUGGGAAAACAAUUGCCCUUACCUAAUAACUGUAGGAGAUAUAAAGUUUUUCAACCCUUCAAAUAGCUGAGACCAGCUCUUUUUCUUUUUUGACUAUAUGUCUCUGUUGAUAUUUUUUUCUACUUAGUGGGCUUCCCUUGAAAACACCAUCAGUCAAAUGUGCCUUGAAGUCGAAGCAUAUGCAGGGUGAGAGCAUCGUUUGGUCAAAUAACAAACACUCAUGUUAAAUAAAAAUUGGGGUGAGAAUUUUUUCUCAGUAAACCGGAAGAUUUUUGUUUCGCGUCUGCCGGAUCACUUUUAGAAGCACUCGUUGUUAAGAGGAAGAUGAGGUCGGUAGGAAGACGAGUGUUUCAUAUAAUAACUGAUGUCAAACAACACAGCGCUGGCAUUGUUUUGACUGAAAAAGCGAACUGUCUUAGCAAUGUCUUUGCGAAAAACGAGACUAUCUUUGCAAGUGUUGAAACUAACACCUCUCAUGAUUUUUAAAAGAACAGAGGUAACGACCAUUUUCAUCCUCUUAACCAUAUUCUUCAUGUCCUAACUACAUAAAAUUAACUCAGUUUUCCUCUUUUAAGGAAAAAAGAAUCUACCUACGAGGCAAUGAUGUCUCUUGCGCAGGCUGCCUUCUAUCUUUUACAUCAUUUGUUCUCAGUACACGGAUUGGCGAUCCGUAAAGAAAGCCAGGUCAUCUCUGGAAUUUUUCAACUUCUCGCCAAAAGCCUUCAAUUGGCCAAGCGCGGUUUCGUCGUGUAUACAUCAUCAAAAGAAGCAGAUGACAGUUGCCAAGACAUUUUUCAAAGGGCUGUUCAGUCCUUACUUAGCUUUUUGGACAAGAACUUUAGGGAGAGCUUGUUCUACGCAUUGAGAGAUUUGCGACAAGAAGAAUUUCAGGUACGAUGUUACGUUAGACUUCAAAACUGUCGGUUUUUUUCUCAAAAUCAGUAAAGAAAUCGAUAAAGCGUGGCGUAACGCGAGCCUCACACGCGGGCGUGUGAGGCGAGAGAAAAAAAAAAACGACUGUCCGUUUUCCAUACAAUGAGUUCGUUCCGACCAGGGGGUUCAAAUAUGUCGUCGAGCUGUCAAAAAUCUGUUCGCAACUCCGCUCUCUUGAUGAAUUUUGAUACACUCGGUGAUUGAUUUCGAGGGAGAAUAGCGCGUGUUAUUGUCUGCACUUGGCUUCGAAUCUUGACGCUCUAAUCCAGUAAUUCUAAAGCAGUUCUUAGCGUUGCUUCUCUAUGAAAUGUAGUGUAUAUGGUGAAAUGUAGUAUAUAUAGUAGAGGAUCAAAAAUGAGUGGAAGUGGCAGUACGACAACAAAGCCUGUGCCUGCUCCUCGAAGAGGGAGAAAGCCGAAAGAGCCGAGGGCUUCGGACAAAUUGUAGAAUGUGCGGCUGUUGUUUCAAAACACAGUUCGGCAAUUUUACGAAUGGAUGGAUAUGCUCGGAAAAUGUGUUUGUUGCGCCUACCAGAUAAGGGGAAACUUUACCAAAGUGGGCCAACCUACUGAAAAACGAACUUUUCGUUGUCCUCGAGGAAGGAGAAUUUUUGUCCACAAGAGUUUGCUCUCCGUGCCGUUCAAAGGUUAGAAACUGGUCCGGGAAACUGCACGGCGAUGCUUUCGCAAAUUAGAGAAGAACUGAACACGCCAACUGACGAUGAACAAUUAUUGCGAUUGAAAAGAAUGAGUAAAUCCCCUCAUUCCAAUCCACGUCUUGGUGAUUUAGCUCUGUAUAUGACGACCUAUGAGAAUUUAAAAUCCUGCUAAAAACGUUAACGAGCUGGGCCCAGCGUGACAAAACAUUGCAGGAAAAAGUCAAAUUCACGGACAUAAAGAAAAUCGCUUAAAAUUAUUCAAAUCCAGGAGGCACUUUGGAGAAAUAAAACAACCUAAAACCCUUAAUCAGUCGCAAUGAAGAGCUUUACAUUUCUAAAGGGACCAAGAAAGAAAAUGCUCUUGCGUCAGAAGGCAAAUCAUGCCGUCCAGGGAAAAUCAAUAGGGAACUUAAGAUGGAGACGUUUUCGGGGCGACGGCGACCGGACUGGCAGAGAAAGCCUGGAACUAAGGCAGCCGUCGCUCCCCGUCAAAAAUAGAACAAGAUAGCAGUGAACUCAGAAGGACGGCGCCUUUAAUUAGAAGAAUACCGAAGAGGAAAAUAUGGCUUCACAUAAAGAAUUAAGAGAAUAAAUAUUUGCUAUGCAGACAACAUGUAUCGGAUGAAGAGUUUCUCGUUUUGUGGGAAAAUUAUGAGUCCAAAAAUCCCGAUUUUCCUCGGGACAGUUACGAUCCGCUCACGCUAAAAAACAUGCGGGAUGCAGCUGAGUUCAAGGCAGAAUUUCGUGUUGAAAAAAAAUGAUCUCCACAGGCUUGCCGAAGCCUUGCAAAUUACAGGAACAUUAAAAUGCUACCAAGGAACCGUAUUCUUAGUUUGGUAUUGAAAUAAUUCUCGUGAAAUACUUGCAUGCAACAACAACAACAACAACGGCAACAACUUUAUUUCAGUAUUCCCACGCCGAGUUAGUACAUGGUAUUACCUACUAUUCUAUAUAAUUUUCAAUGCGUUUCAUUUAUACGAUAUUCUAACGAAAAGAGCGAACUAAAAACACACAAUUGAAAUAUCGGAGUUCAUAUUUUUUGUCUGGAUACUUUUAUUUGGCUCGUGGGAAAAUUUUGUCCCAUGUCAAGCUCACUUACGGUUGGCUGUUUGCCAAGUUGGAUCUUGACCCUGUGACAUGAAAACAUAGAAACAUUCAAAGAUGUAAGUUUAGAUAAGAGAGCUUGGAAAUCGAGCUUGAAACGUGCCUCAAAGAAAACAAGGACAAUUUAAGAACGAUAACCUGCAAAAUGUUGGUUGCUAAACGCAACAAACCUGAUUGAAAUGAAAGUUAAAUACUUACGUUUUCGCCACAACGCCAAACACACCAGUUUCACGUCGCCGACGGGACCACGAAGGCAAGGUGAUGUGCACGAGCAUGCGCAAUAUCCAACAAAUGAUGAUGUCACGUCCGGCUGAAGUUGCCGUCACCCCGAGAACGUCUCCAUCUUAAGUUCCCUAAUGUGCGUGUCACGACCUCUCAGUAUGAAGUAUAUUUAAUAAGCGGCCAAAAUUCAUGAUCACGUUUGCUCAGUCAUAACGUUUUCCUCCAAAGCAUAAUCUACUCGACAGAGAAAACAAUUCAUUGGAACAAGCAGCAUUUUUUUAACCAGGCGAGAUAACAAUGACGGUCGGCCGUUGCACGGAACUUGAAGAACUCUUUGCAUGAACAAACAUCUGAUAAAUAAGGCUUUUGUCAAAUCCUGUUGGUAGAACACAGAAAACAUCCUUUCCCUUGAGUAGCAACUCCAAAGCUUCCCUAUGCUCCGAUUUUGAAACAAAUCCCAAUUCUUGCGAGCAAAUCCAGGCGAUCAACAUGCGUCAUUUUACAGCGAAAGCAUUAGCAAUUCACCACGGUAGGGAACAUCGCGAAUGACUUGUUGAAAACAUUACUUGACAGCUUGGUGACAUCUUACAUCGAAAUUUAGCCAAUGGGAAUUGCCCGUGGCUGGGAGAAGCGGGUAAUUCGAACGAAUAUAAUGUUACGUCCAUCUACUCGAUUCUUCUUCAUCAUCUGCUAAGUUCUUUUACACGUUGCAAUAAUAUCGAUUCCCCCUCAUUUAAGGACAAUGUCUCAACAACUGUACGUCGGCUGAAGGCUUGUUAGACAGUCAUUAUGUUAAAUUACGUUUGAUGUGCGAUGUGCAGUAUAUGAGAGUUGGUCAGUUGAUCAUUCGUCCAUUCUACACACAAUCGUUCAGUUAAUAUAUAUCUGUUUUAGAAAGUAAGCUGCCAAGUGUGAUAUUUAAUUUUUUUCUCAAAGUUAUUCAUGAUCAGCCUCAGUUAUCGGCUUUUGCGGUGAGUACAAGUGCGUACUAGUUGAGGCUCUAGUGUUUAUUGAUGCCCACAGAAAAUAGAAACUUGACUGAAUUGAUGGUUAGAAAAGACUAUUUAUCAAGUUUAAUUUCUUUCCUAAAACAUAAUAGGUUUGGUCAACAUUGCUGUCCGUGAUGAUCGAGGAGAGGGAAUUUCAAGUCAUUUGGGAGCAUGGUGUCAGGGAGGCUCUUAAACGUCGAAUAAAUCUGGUACAUUUUUUUUCCAGAUAUAGCUAGCAUAUUAGCCUGUCAAAUGAGUUCAGACCUCAAGUUGGUAUGCACAGCCUGCGAACGGCAGACGUUUCUCCUCGCUCAUCGCCGCUGAGGGACGUUUCGCGGGUCCCUCAGUGGCGGUGAGUGAGGAGAAACGUCUGCCGUUCGUAGGCUAUGGUGUGCACGGAGGAUACUUAUAUUUUGCUUAUGAGUGAACUUCUCACUCGUUUCUAUUUUCGGGUUAAUUGCUUUCGUCUAAAACACUUCUUCAAGUGAGUCACUGUAUAGCUUUCAUGAUAACAAAAAGAAAAGCUGAAUUUCGAACAAUGAGACAAAGACGGAAAGAAGAGUGGAUCCAGAAUUACAGACUUUGACCAGAGAGUGCCGGAUUACGCGACAGGACCUUUAUACAAGAAUAUGGGUGUUAACUGUGUCUUUCAAGUGCUACCUUUAUUACGAUACGGAAACGUCGGUGAGGCCUGGUUUAAUAGAAAUUAUCCGGGAAAUUUUCCGUGCAUCAAAGACUGGUUAAACCAAUCAACCAGGGUACAAGUCGGGCUUACCUAGCCAGGGUUUCAGAACGGGUCUUUUUCGUUUGUUGGUUUGUUUUUCGUCCGGACCAAUUUUUUUUUUUUAACCGUUUACACGGGUAACAAUCACGUUAGGCUUAGGAUUGAAAAGUGCAGUAGUACACAUGCGCGAAACCACCGUAAACUACGGCAGGCUCACAUAAAGAAGAUGGUAUGGAACGAAGAUGCGUUUACACAGCGUUUCCAACAGCAAAAGGGGUCCGGACUCAUUUUUUUUUUUUUCGGUUUUGGGACCAUAGCCGCCUAUGGCCCCAAAACCAGAAAAAGCGGUUCCGGAUCCAUUUCAUGAAAACAUAGUAUGGAAGGUUUACAAGGAAAAAAUAUCUGGUCCGUACCAACUUUUUUUACGGGUACGGACCCAUUUUUUUUCUGUAGAGUAAAUGGGGCUAUAGUCACCUUCUAAAUCUGGGUUACUGAUGACCUGGCCUAAAUGCAUAUUUUCUUGAUUUUUUUGGAGUUAUUUCUUGAGAACUUGUACUUAAUUAAAUUUACACGGCUAACAAAAUUCUUACUUCAUCUUCUCAACUUCGGAAUUCUUGUAUUAAACAGAUGGAAAAGAAACAUAUUGUGGAGUUGUUUUGUGAAUUGGAUCUGAAUACCUACCACCAGGAAAUUGGCGAAUCUUUCAUGGCUGCAUCAUUUCAGGCCGUAGACUGUCUCGUGGAGGUAUGCUGUUAAAAUUCGUUUCGAAUUCUAUGUAAAGAAAGUGUUUAGAAGGCUUAUUUACGCCAUGCAUAUAUAUCUAUUCUAUAUCUCUACACUAUAAUCGAUUAGUGCUGCUUAUUAAACUUCACCUGGAAUUUUUGAAGCUAAUUUACAAUGUAAAUCAACUAAAAAGCUGACGUUUCGAAGGUUCAAGUGGUUGUGGGUUAUGAGUGGCUUGUAUAUCAUAUAAGCAACACACAUUCCAUGGAGUUCAGCUGUAGGAUUGAAACUUGAUAACAUCUUUAUAUGAUUGUAACUUGAUCGACUCAAUCACCCUCACCGA